AUGGGUCAUAUACCGGCAUCAUUGAAAAAUCUAUUUGUGCUCGAAUCAUUGGAUCUCUCAUCUAACAAAAUCAGUGGAGAAAUUCCGCAGCAGCUUGCAUCCCUCACAUUUCUUGAAGUCUUAAAUCUCUCUCACAAUCAUCUUGUUGGAUGCAUUCCCAAAGGAAAGCAAUUUGAUACGUUUGAGAACAGUUCAUACCAAGGAAAUGAUGGAUUACGAGGAUUGCCACCCUCAAGAGAUCGUGGUCGUGAUGAUAGGGUACCACAAGUGACAAUUCCAGUUGAGCUAGAUAAAGAAGAAGAAGAUUCACCAAUGAUCAGUUGGCAGGCGGUUCUCAUGGGUUACGGUUGUGGUCUAGUUAUUGGAUUGUCCUUAAUAUACAUAAUGUUGUCAACACAAUAUCCAACAUGGUUUUCGAGGAUUCAUGCCUACAGAGUUGCUGAGGAUGCAGAUGAAAGCCUUUAUCUUUCCUAG